AUGCCCUUCCUUUUCUCGUAUGUGUGCAACCUCCUGCAGGCGUUAGACGACAACCAGCGCACAAAAACUGGCCUGAAGCCUACUGCCAAUAUCAUCCAACAAUGGUUCACCAAGCAUCGCUCGCUUCUCAACCGCGGCGACCACAACGAUGCUGCACUCCUUUCCGCUCUAUUUCCCGAAAAGAGAACAGAUAGGGUCUUCAGGUAUGGCCUUAAAAGGUUGGAACGCACGAUCGGAAGGGGACUGGGACUGGGGAUGACCCGAAAGGAAGAACUUGGGAGACAUGAGGAUGCUCAAUGGGGCAUGGAUCUUGCUGAGUGUGUUGAGCGUAUUUUGAGGGACACGCCCAACGCUGAUCCCAUCAGCCCAGUUACUGUUGAGGAAAUUGACGACCUUCUUCACGACAUCGCUUCGCAUUGUCACUUUAGUUCCCCUGCGGUGCGCAGCUUCCCUCCCAGUUCAACACCGAAAAACAGAGAGGAGGUACUUGGAAAUAUUUAUACAAGAUUCUCCCCUCGAGAUGCCAAGUGGUUCACCCGGCUAUUCUUGAAAAACUACCAGCCCGUCAUUCUUGACCAGCAGCUAGUAUAUCGCCACUACCAUCCUCGGUUACCCUUGAUACUAAAAGUUCGGGAUGACUUUGUGGAUGCUGGUCGCAUAUUAGCGAGCCACAAACGCGAACGAACUGUUACCGAGAGGGAUGAGUUUGCCAAACACCUGCAACCAAAGUUGGGUGUCAAGGUCGGCCGCCAACAUUGGAUCAAGGGAAGAAGCCUCAAGCAAUGCUUACAGAUUGGUUAUGGUCGGAUGAGCUGCGAAGAGAAGUAUGAUGGUGAAUACUGUCAGAUACACAUCGACCUUACCAAGGGUUAUGACUGCAUCCAGAUAUUCUCCAAAAGCGGAAAAGACAGCACGAAAGACCGGAAAGCUCUGCAUGAACGAAACCCCUGGGAACAUCUGAUGAUCGUCUACUAUGACAUCCUCAUGGUCGAUGACGAGUCGCUCUUGGCUGUCAAACAUUCCGAGAGGCAUCAACGUCUGCGAGAGAUAGCGACAGAGGUCAAAGGACGCUCGAUGUUGGUCCAGCGGCAAACCAUUGAUUGCAGUCGACCAUCUGCAGAAACAGACCUACGGCGUGCGUUUGCAAAGUGCAUCACCAACCGUGGAGAAGGUCUGGUACUAAAACCUGACACCACCUACUUCAACUUUGGGCCGUCAUGGGGAAACUCUGGCAGCAUCGCCAUCAAGCUCAAAAAGGAGUACAUCAGAGAGUUUGGGGAUGUCGGCGACUUUGCUGUCGUUGGGGCUCGCUAUGAUCCCACAAAAGCCAAGUCCUACGGCUUCCCAAACAUCAAGUGGACGCACUUUUACAUUGCGUGUCUGGGCAACAAGGAAGAGGUUUUGCGCUUCGGAGAACAACCGGAGUUCGUUGUUACCAAUGUGGUCGAACUGAAUGAAACGCAAAUGCGUGCUUUCAUGACCACUAUCCAGCCGGUCGCCGUCAAUCCGAACGACAAUAAGGCAUUCUCGUCGAGGGUCGAGGAAGGGGUCGAUAGCCGAAAGACACCAACAACAAUCUUUUCCGAGCCCCCGACCCGGCAAUGUCGGGUUCUGGACUCCGAGAUUCCCGAUGGUAAACAAGAUACAUUGUGA